AUGUCCCCAAAAAAGACUUCGGUAAUCGUAGAGGCACUCAUGCAAGUGGACGGUAUUGAGCAGAGCUCCAAGCCAAGUGUCGUGCAAGAGGAGCAUGUCGAUACUCUGCGCGUCAAGCCAAAACCAAUACGUGGCCCUGCCGGGCAAAAGCAGCAUUUUUGGGAUGCGCAGCACCCGGAAAAGCAUAUACCCGCCGCAAAAAACAGUGCAGAACUUGCAGCUCUCCAGCAAUACGCGGGACAGUUGGCGAGUAAACUGCAAGAAAUGACUGAGGAAUAUGGACAAGAGCACAAGCUAGUAGUGGAAAUGCGCGCGAAACUGGUGCAUUUGCGUGGUACAAUGAAAGGUAUACGCAAGGCUGAAAUGCAACGCGAACGUGAGGCAGCAUUGGCAAUGUGCCCUGUGAAGGCUAUGGAGCAAGUUGUGCAAGGGCUUGUGGACUCGGAGCAUAUUUGGCUUGGUUUGCCGCGCUGGCAUAAGAAAGGAAACAAUAAAUACUUGGCACCGUGA